AUGGGUUCACAAUCAAAACAGUUCACUCACACCACGAACCAGCGGCGUUCGUCGCUUAUUGUGUCGAAUGGCAUCACCAAAGGCGGCAUUUUUGGAACGGUAGACUAUCAGGGCCCCGAGGAUACCGCGGUCGAAGAAGACCUGGAGCCUUUGGAGAACUCCGAAGAAUCAGCACUUAGGGCUAGCCAAGAUCAACAAGCGAACGAACAACAACCUUUCUUGGCCUCUGGAACAUCGCUCACCCCAAACGGCGACAAAAACAAACGUGCCAGCCGCCUGGACUCGUACGGAACCAUCGGUAUUGGCAGCGGUCAGACCGACCAAGAAUCGUAUCAUAGAGACCUGCUCGAAGAGGAACGAGAUUUGCUUGUGGACAACAAAUUGAUCUCUAAGAGCCGCCAGGAUGAAGGCGUCACGCCAGAACAGCGCGAACAACAAAUUCGUGAUACCUGGGAAGAAGCCAUCGAGUCUGGAAAAUCGAUUUCCACUACUUCUCGUAGAGAGUGCCAAGUAUUGCUUAAAAGUGCACUACCACUGGUCUUCACGUUUGUCAUGCAAAACUCACUGUCUCUGGCCUCUGUGUUCACCACCUCGCGUCUUGGAAUUAAUGAACUCGGUGGUAUCACUCUAGGUUCCAUGACGGCCAAUAUCACCGGGUUCGCAGCUAUUCAAGGCCUUUGCACGUGUCUCGACACCCUGUGUUCUCAAGCACACGGUGCUGGCAAUCAACAGUUGGUUGGUGUUCUGCUACAAAGAUGCGCUUUAAUUACACUUGUGUUCUUUACACCGAUCCUUUUCGUAUGGUGGUUUUGGUCAGAAACCAUUUUGGCUUCGUUGAUACCUGAGCGAGAGCUUUGCAGAUUGGCUGCAAACUACUUGAAAGUAGUAGCUGUUGGUGUUCCAGGUUUCGUGUUUUUUGAGUGCGGGAAAAGGUUUUUGCAAUGCCAGGGCAUCUUCCAUGCGUCCACGAUCGUACUACUAUUUUGCGCGCCUUUCAAUGCCAUCAUGAACUAUGUUCUAGUCUUAGAUAAGCGGUUUGGCAUCGGCUACAUUGGUGCCCCCAUAAGUGUGGCAAUCAACUACUGGUUGAUGGCAUUUGGACUACUUUUCUACACAGUCUUCACUAAGCACAAGGCUAACCCUCGUAAAUGCUGGGGAGGUCUCAUCAAACCUAACCAAGUCUUUCGCAAUUGGCGCAAAAUGUUCAGCUUGGCUUUGCCUGGUGUAAUUAUGGUUGAAGCUGAAUUCUUGGGUUUCGAGCUUUUGACAAUAUUCGCAUCGCAUUUGGGUACGAAUGAACUAGGUGCUCAAUCCAUCGUUUCGACAGUCGCGUCGUUGGCAUACCAAAUACCAUUUUCCAUUUCCAUUUCUACCAGCACCCGUGUUGCCAAUUUCAUUGGAGCAUCGCUUUACCAAAAUUGCAUUGUCACUUGUAAAGUGUCAUUAAUUCUGUCAUUCGUCAUCAGUCUCUUGAACAUGUCUGUCAUCUAUUCGUUCAGAAUUCAAAUUGCCAAUGCUUUUUCCAGUGAUCCCGAAGUGGUGUCAUUGGUGAUUAGCGUAUUGCCUCUUCUAGCAUUCAUGCAAAUCUUCGAUGCCUUCAAUGCAUGCACAGCUGGUUGCUUGAGAGGUCAAGGCCAACAAAAAAUUGGCGGUUAUAUCAAUGUGCUUGCCUUUUACUGCGUUGGAAUUCCAAUGUCUUACAUGCUGACGUUCCACUUUAAACAAGGAAUGGCAGGAUUGUGGUAUGGUAUUACGAGCGCAUUGGUAUUCAUGAGCAUUUUCCAGAGCUACGCUGUCUUCUCCUGCGACUGGACCAAGAUCAUUAAAGCUGCGAAAAGUCGCACAUCAGAGCAGGAUAGGGUUUAG